GGGGUUUGUUUACUGCUACGUGUCUGGGGGGGCGGCGCUGCAGCCGGGGCAGGCUGACGGGCUCAGGGAGGCAUCUGUGCCGGGAGUAUGAGCUGGUUCAACACCUCGCACCUCUCCAGCUUCGCCAAGCAGGCUCUGUCCCAGGCCCAGAAGUCUAUUGACCGGGUUCUGGAUAUUAAGGAGGAUGAGACCGCCUGGGCCGACACCAUCAUUGCUCCCUUUGAGGAAGAGAAUGGUUCCUCGGUCAAAGGGAGCUGGGAAAACUCAAACUGGGGCGGACAAUCAGAAGAACCUGAUACGCAAGUGGGGUUAUCUCCGACAGCAAUUACCAGGCCCGUUACACGGACAGUAGUGGACGAAUCAGAGAAUUUCUUCAGUGCCUUUCUCACUUCCCCAACAUCCAACACUGUCUCUGACAGUUCUGUGGUCUCCAAGCCCCCUGUCAAAUCUCAGAGGCUGGAAGAGGAAGAAGAAUAUGCCUCACCCAAAUCCACAGUCAAGGUGAAACAGAAAGAUGAAUUGAAUGUUAAAUUGUUAAAGAAAAGUGCCUGCCAAAGCCAAAGAACAGAUUUGGAAACACCAGCCAUAUCUUCACAGAAACCAUCGCCUGACCAUUCAGAUCUUUCUUUGGAGUUAAAAUGUGAGCCUGAAAAUGAGGAGCAAAUAUCUGACACAGCUUCUGAUGCUACAGCAGAUCAUGGAGCUCCGGAGAGCACACCUAAUGCAGAGCCCCCCAGCCCUACUCCGGGCGUUACUUCUGAAAGUAAAGACAUUGCACUGGAUAAUAAAGAACAGAAGUCGGAAGACCGUCAGAGUAACACCCCAUCUCCCCCAAUAAGCACUUUCUCUUCUGGGACGUCGACCACCAGCGACAUUGAAGUAUUAGACCACGAAAGUGUGAUGAGCGAGAGCUCCGUUAGCUCGAGGCAAGAAGCGGCCGAUUCCAAAGCAAACCUCCAUUUAAUGCAGACAUCUUUCCAGCUUCUCUCUGCCUCAACAGAGUACAGCCGCAUGGAAGAGUUCCCCAAGCUCACCGAGAGCUGCUCAUCCUCCGACGCCUUUGAAAGGAUCGAUUCUUUCAGCGUGCAGUCCAUGGACAGCCGUAGCGUCAGUGAACUCAAUUCCGAUGAUGAGCUCCCCGGCAGAGGAUGCACCCUGGUUUCCAUUGCAGUCAGCUCUCCUACUCCAAACGUGGACGUCCCGGAUUCGGCCGAGAGCAAACCAGACGAAGACUUAAACGAGACGCUAAUGGUGCACUCCAGUGAGGAUACAGAAAUGGAGGAAAGUGGACGGAGCGCCACUCCUGUAAAUUCAGAGCAGCCUGAUCUUCUGGGCCAUGAAGCUGAUGACGGGGGCCAUGAAGCUGAUGAUGCGGCCCAUGAAGUUGAUGAUGCGGGCCAUGGAGUUGCAGUGGAAUUGGCUGAAACUGCACCAGAGGCUGAAUUCUCAGAUGAGGACAUGCAAAAGAUAAUUGAUGAACUCACUGCCAGACUGGAGAAGAGGGAGACACAGCUGCUGUCUGUGAGCAAGGAAAAGGCCUUCCUAGAAGAAGCUUUUGACAACCUUAAAGACGAAAUGGUGCGGCUGACGGAGGAAUGCAGCAGCGUCUCUCAGCUGAAAGAUGAGUUUACCCUCCGAAUAGCAGAAGCCGAAAAGAGAGCCCAGACAGCGUGUAAAGAGCGAGACAUUGCCAAAAAGGAAGCAAAAGUGAUGAAGGAGGAAUUGGCAACAAGACUCAACUCCAGUGAAACUGCUGAAAUUAUGAAGGAGAAGGAUGAACAGAUUCAAGGUUUAAUGGAGGAAGGUGAAAAGCUCUCCAAACAGCAGUUGCACAACUCCAAUAUUAUCAAGAAAUUACGGGCAAAGGAGAAAGAGCACAACCACACCAUAACCAAACAGGCAAAUAAGAUCCGGGAGGUGGAGGAGGAACUGAAACUUUUAAAGCAGACAUUAGAUGGUAAGGAAGAAGUGGAAAAACAGCAUCGCGAGAAUAUCCGAAAGCUGAACUCCAUGGUGGAGAGGCAGGAGAAGGAUCUGUCGAGGCAGCAGGCUGACCUGGAUGAUCUGCAAGAAAAGAAUCGCAGUCUACAAGCUGCUCUGGACAACUCCUACAGGGAACUUGCGGAAUUGCACAAAGCGAAUGCAACAAAAGCCAGCGAGGCCCAAGAAGCAGCACUGAGUUGUGAAUUACGAGCCAAAGAAGAGCUUUGUUUUGCACUGGAGAAAGCUAAGGAGGAGUCUCAAAAGCAGCAAGAAGCUUUGGCUAUCCAGGUAACAGAUCUGAGGCUGGCCCUGCAGCGAGCGGAACAACAAGCUGCCAGGAAAGAAGAUUAUUUGAGACAAGAAAUUGCUGAGCUGCAACAGAGACUGCAAGAGGGGGAGACCCGGAAUCAGGAGCUGAGCCAAAGCGUAACAUCUGCAACAAGACCAUUACUCCGACAGAUUGAAAACCUGCAAGCAACUUUAGCAGCACAGACCUCGUCUUGGGAGAAACUGGAGAAGAAUCUUUCCGACAGACUUACUGAAUCGCAGACACUGUUGGCCUCAGCAGUGGAGAAAGAACGUGCCUCCACAGAAGAACUACUAGCUAUCAAGACACAGAUCUCCGCUAUAGAAUCUCAGAACAGCCUGCUGAGGCAAGAGAAGAUCAGAUUGCAAGCACAGCUUGAAGUGGAGAAGUCUCGAUUAGUGAAGAUUGAAGAAGAUCACAGCAGGAAUCAGGUGGAACUUGAACAUUUAAAGAUGGAAUUCAUGAAAGCAAUGGAAGAGGCAAAGAAAGAAAAGAGUCUCCUCUCUAGUCAGCUGGAAAUGGAGAAGCUGAGAGUGGAACAGGAGAAAAAGAAGGUCCUGCUGGCCCAGGAAGCUGCUAAAGAGAAGGAACGCAAAGCCUAUGUGUUUUCCUCCGUGGAAUCCACUGCCACAACUCCAACCCUGUCUCGCUCCAGUUCUGUUAGUGGAACGGACUUGUCAGGCCUACAGACGUCCAUCAUUUCCCAGGAUGAUCCCCACGACCAUUUGUACGGAUCAAUGACUUCAUCCCUCAGUGGAAACAAUCUUUAUGAAGCCGUACGAUUGGGCGCCGGUUCCAGUGUCAUUGAAAAUUUGCAGUCUCAGCUAAAACUUCGGGAUGGGGAAAUCACUCAGUUGCAGGUGGAAAUUGUGAAUCUGGAAAAAACGCGCUCGCUGCUGGCCGAGGAAGUGGUUAAAAUGAAUAAUCUCAAUGAUGACUUAGAGGAGAAAGUGAAGGAAAUACCCAAACUACGGGUGCAGAUGAAGGAUCUGGACCAGCGGUACAACACCAUCCUGCAGAUGUAUGGAGAGAAGGCCGAGGAGGCGCAGGAACUGAGACUCGAUCUGGAAGAUGUAAAAGUCAUGUACAAAACACAGAUAGACGAACUAUUAAAGCAGAGACUCACUUAGCCCCUAACGAGGCCCCAAGAGCCCCCAAAGCUGAACCGGAUGACCAGAAAUGCAUCUAAAACCUUCUUUGUUUAAUAUGUAAAUUUAGAGCUCUAAAUGAUCUCUUGUAUAAAAUAUAGUGUAUAAUAGAUCCUUCUUUUAUUUACUGGCCCCUAGGCCCGAAAACAAAUCACAUUUACUGUACCUAUGUGUAGCCAUUCUCUGUGAUUAAAUUAUUUGUUAUUUAA